CAUGCGCACGCGUUGGCAGGUGGCCAGGACCCUCCUUUGCCCGUCACUAGUAACAGCAGGCGGCCGCUGACUCCUCCCUGGAACCGGCCGGCCGGCGGCGGCGGAGCGCGGAGGCGACAUGAGGCCAGAACCCGGCCGAUCUUUGUGACAGGGGGUCUGAAUACUUCUUAUUAAUCCGAAACCAUGGUGCAGAAAUAUCAGUCCCCUGUGCGGGUGUAUAAACACCCCUUUGAGUUAAUUAUGGCUGCAUAUGAAAGAAGAUUUCCUACAUGUCCUCUAAUCCCAAUGUUUGUAGCUAGUGACACUGUGAAUGAAUUCAAGAGUGAGGAUGGAGCUGUCCAUGUGAUAGAAAGGCGUUGUAAACUGGAUAUAGAUGCACCCCGGUUAUUGAAAAAGAUUGCAGGAGUAGAUUAUGUUUACUUUGUCCAGAAGAACUCCUUGAACAGACAAGAUCGGACUUUGCACAUAGAGGCCUACAAUGAAACCUUUUCUAACAGAGUCAUCAUUAAUGAGCACUGCUGUUACACAGUUCACCCUGACAAUGAAGAUUGGACCUGUUUUGAACAGUCAGCAAGCCUGGACAUCAAGUCUUUCUUUGGCUUUGAAAGCACAGUGGAAAAGAUUGCCAUGAAACAGUACACCAGCAAUAUUAAAAAGGGGAAGGAAAUAAUAGAGUAUUACCUGAAGCAGAUGGAGGAAGAAGGAGUAACGUUUGUUCCUCGUUGGACUCCUCCAGUUAUGUAUAAGCUGGAGAACAGCACAUCUCACUUAGCACGGCCAGUUUCUCCUGCUAUCAACAUACCAGAUACUGCCACAAAGGAGGGACUGAACAAUAAGGAAGUGCUCAACACCUCCAGCAGCCCAUCAGAGCCCACAGCAGGAACACCUGAUGACAAACUCGAUGCAGACUACAUCAAGCGGUACCUGGGUGACUUGACUCCAUUGCAAGAAAGCUGCCUCAUCCGACUUCGACAGUGGCUCCAGGAAACGCACAAGGGCAAAAUCCCAAAGGAUGAACAUAUUUUACGAUUCUUGCGUGCCCGGGACUUCAAUAUUGACAAAGCCAGAGAGAUUCUUUGCCAGUCACUAACAUGGCGUAAACAGCAUCAGGUGGACUAUAUUCUGGAUACCUGGAACCCUCCACAAGUACUUCAAGAUUACUAUGCAGGAGGUUGGCAUCACCAUGACAAAGAUGGGCGCCCUCUGUAUGUGUUGAGGUUGGGACAGAUGGAUACCAAAGGCUUAGUGCGAGCUCUUGGGGAAGAAGCCUUACUUCGAUAUGUUCUUUCUAUAAAUGAAGAAGGACUGAGGCGAUGUGAAGAGAAUACAAAAGUAUUUGGCAGGCCUAUAAGCUCCUGGACCUGUCUGGUGGAUUUGGAGGGCUUGAAUAUGCGACAUUUAUGGAGACCUGGUGUCAAAGCAUUACUAAGAAUCAUUGAAGUGGUUGAAGCCAAUUACCCUGAAACAUUGGGUCGCCUUCUUAUCCUGAGAGCACCCAGAGUAUUUCCAGUCCUCUGGACACUGGUUAGUCCAUUCAUUGAUGACAACACCAGAAAGAAAUUCCUUAUUUAUGCAGGAAAUGACUACCAAGGACCUGGAGGGCUACUGGAUUACAUUGAUAAAGAAAUUAUCCCAGAUUUCCUUAGUGGGGAGUGCAUGUGUGAUGUUCCCGAGGGUGGGCUAGUUCCGAAGUCUCUGUACCGGACUGCAGAAGAGUUGGAAAAUGAAGACAUAAAACUGUGGACUGAAACUAUCUAUCAGUCUGCAAGUGUCUUCAAGGGAGCUCCACACGAGAUUUUCAUUCAGAUUGUGGAUGCCUCGUCUGUGAUCACAUGGGAUUUUGAUGUGUGCAAAGGCGACAUUGUUUUUAACAUCUAUCACUCCAAACGAGUGCCACAGCCUCCUAAAAAGGACUCUCUGGGCACCCACAGCAUUACAUCUCCUGGGGGGAACAAUGUACAGCUCAUAGAUAAAGUCUGGCAGUUAGGGCGUGAUUACAGUAUGGUGGAGUCCCCACUUAUCUGCAAGGAAGGGGAGAGUGUGCAGGGGUCUCAUGUGACCAGAUGGCCUGGCUUCUAUAUUCUUCAAUGGAAAUUUCACAGCAUGCCUGCCUGUGCUACAACCAAUCUGCCUCGUGUGGAUGAUGUACUGGCAUCUCUACAGGUCUCCUCUCAUAAGUGCAAAGUGAUGUACUAUACAGAAGUGAUAGGAUCAGAAGAUUUCAGAGGAUCUAUGACCAGCCUUGAAUCAAGCCACAGUGGAUUCUCCCAGCUCAGCGCUGCCACAACCUCUUCCAGCCAGUCCCACUCCAGCUCCAUGAUUUCCAGAUGGCGAUUUUGCUGACAGCUGUAAAGAAACCGCUUCAUUCAACAGUCCACAUCUGCCCUGAGGUGUCUGGCUUUGUAGACCUUUUUGAGUUACAGCCACUUUUCAAGGCUGAAGAUCUCUUGGGUUUUUUUAGUUAGCGGCACUUGGGGGUUUCCUCAAAGUCUAAUGCAUCUUUAAAAACUCAAAGCACAGGACAGCACAAACAGCUGAGGGGUUAAUGCACCAGAAAAACAAGAUAAAGUUUCCUCUUAGUGAAGUGCUAUGGCAAAUAGGACUUACUUAUGCAGUUUGAAAUAGACUUGAUUAAUUUUAAUACCCUCGGUCUCCUCUUUUUCAUUGAUAUUGCUGUUCUUCCUUUCCGCCAACACACUGACCAUUCUGUUGGCUUUUCUCCCCUGUAUUACCAAUGUCCCAUCCCUGCCCUCUUGUCCAUAUUCAUGAAUUGCAUAUCAAAUUCUGUAAAUGUUUUGUAAACAUAUUACCUCACUGUUGGUAAUAAGAAACAGUCUUUAAAAGAUUUUUUUAUUGUUAUUAAUAAUAAAUGUGAACUGUUUGGGGAAAAAAAUC